GCCUCCCCGCGGGGCGGAGGCGGCGGCGGAGGGGGGACCCCGCGCUCGGCCCGGCGGCGGCUCCGGCGCCCCGGCCAGAGGAGGUUCCCCCUCCCCGUAGGGCGAGCGCGGGAUCGCCGCGUCCGGGGCGGAGUCCGGACUACCCUGCUGAUGUUUGGGAGCUGAGGUGAUGGCAGAAGUCGGUCGGUGGGACGCGGCUGGAGGUCCCGGGGCUGCGGAGCGCCCGUGAUCCGACCCCGCGGGCUCGGCCAGCGCCGGGAGCGCCGGGAUGGGGAACAGCGGCUCGGCCGUGAAGGUCUGCACGGAUCACCAAGGGGGCAUCAACUGGCUGAGCCUGAGCCCCGACGGGCAGCGGCUGCUCACGGGCAGCGAGGACGGCACCGCUCGGCUCUGGAGCACCGCCGACAGCCAGUGCCACGGACACUUCCAAGGACACGAAAGUUACAUCACCUUUUGCCACUUGGAAAACGAGGCUGCCUUCACGUGCAGUGCAGAUCACACCAUUCGGAAGUGGGAUGUGCUGACGGGGCAGUGCCUGGCCAUUUACCGAGGCCACACGUCAAUUGUGAACAGGAUCCUGGUUGCCAAAGACUAUCUCUUCAGCGGCUCCUACGACAGGACGGCCCGCUGCUGGAGCGUGGACAAGGAGAAACAAAUCCAGGAAUUCCGGGGCCAUCGGAACUGUGUCCUGACUCUAGCUCACUAUUCCUCCAGGGAUGUUCUCGAGGAAGAGGAGGAGGAAGAGGAGGAGGAGAGGGUGAGCAGAGACCUGCUGGUGACAGGGAGCACCGACUGCACUGUGAAGGUCUGGUGGGUGUCCAGCGGGCGCUGCUACCAGACCCUGCUGGGACACACCGGGGCCGUCCUGUGCCUUAUACUUGAUGCACCAAACAGGGAGCUGUUCUCUGGCAGCACGGAUUACACCAUUCGGACCUGGAAUAUUGUCACUGGUGAGCAGCUCAAAGUGUUCAAAGAGCACCAAGGAUCAGUAAUCUGCCUGGAGCUGGUGAACCGGCACUUGUAUUCGGGGAGCGCGGACAGGACAGUGAAGUGCUGGUUAGUUGACACUGGGGAGCGAAUCCAAACGUACAAGGCUCACAAACACAGCGUUAGCACUUUGAAAUACCACGCUGGGAUCUUGUUCACAGGAAGUGGCGAUGCCUGUGCAAGAGCUUUCAAUUCCAGGAGUGGAGUCCUGCAGAAGAUAUUCCGAGGACACAAGUUCAUCAUCAACUGUAUCCAGAUCCACAAUGAGUUGCUCUACACAGCUUCCCAUGACGGCACACUAAGGAUUUGGGACAUCCGGGGAAUCUGCAAGAGAAAUAAGCGGCGUUUGAAGAAGGAGAGGUCUGUCCAGGGCAGGAGCUCGCAGAAGGGGAGCCUGUCUCGCCUCUUCAACAACAAAGUGGGCUGUAUGGUACAGCAGGAGAACGGGGAACACGAGGCUGUUGAACUAAUGUGACUGCCCAGAACGGCCUUUCUGUCAGUGACCAAAGCUGAACCUUUUGUUUUCUGCACCACUGUGUCCAUGUAAACCAGAACUUGGAAAGAGACGGGAAAUGGCUUUGCUUGAACCUCAGUGUCAUGAGCCAGGGUUCUCUGUGACUGCCAGAUGGACUCCAGUCAGAUCCUGUCACUGCAGAUGACUCAGCUGAGCAGGUGUGGGGCCAGGAGGGACAGCAGUGUGGCUCAGGUGUGGUACCUCUGUGUGUGCAAUUAGGAACUUCCCUUGUUUCAGUUCCCUCGGGCACAGAAGUGCUGCACAUCUCUGCCUGCCCAGUGUCUAAUGAGAGAUGUUUUCCCCUGUUCCUGUUGCCCACUCACAUGGCCCCUGUUCAGCCCAGUGUGGCAGUGGAAGGUGCCCUGCAAGUACAGCUACAAAUUCCACCUUCACAGCUGACCUUUGUGUCAGUCGUUGGCUGACUGGACACCUCUCUGGGAAGCUGAAAGUAGUAGGACAGCAAUUAAUUUAAUUGCCUUUUUUUUUACAAAACAUAAGCCAGAGACCAAGCUAAACCUCAGCCCUUUUGUACCAAGGUCAGCUGUUUGCCAAGACACAGCAGUUCCCCUCCUCCCAACAAUCCAGUGGGGUCUUUUUUUUACCUUUUAAAAUCUCACACUUCAGCAGAGGAAGCACCAAUGACUUCACAUGUGUCUUCUGUGAACUGCCAGGGUUGUGAGCUUCCAGCCACCCAUGUACCUUGGGCACAGUUCCUGAUGAGCUCCUCUGAAGGGCCUCCUCUUGGCAUAGCAGGAGUUGGAAGGUGGUGACUAUACCACCUCUGUGGGUAGCCUGGCCCUCUGCUUGGCUGGCUUUACAGGGGGGAAGGUUUUCCUUACAUCCACUAGGAAUGCCAAAUUGUAAUUUUCAUGGAAGAGGAGAGCAAACCAGGAUUUAUUGGGUGUUCUGUAUGUAUUGUCUUUCCUCCUCUCGAGGCUGUGUCUUGCUGGGUUGUGAGUAGCAUUGGAUAAGCUGUCAAACUCAAGAGAAGGUCUCCCAGUCUUUUUUCAGGUUCAUCCCUCUCUGAUAACCACUGAGCCAUGAAUUAACAAGGGUUCUUAUAUUUUUCUAUUUGCAGAUAUAGCUCUUUGUAGAACCAGUCCAAAAAUACCUAACCACAUGUUUUUAUUUUUAUGGCUUUAUUUAUUCUGUACUACAGCAAGAUAAAAAUGCUGUAUUCUUUUUUUAGAAUGGAUUAAUAAACAUGUGGCAUCUACAGACAA